GUGCUUGUGAGAAAAAGGUUAAAGGGCGCUUUUUGGAGACGCCUGUUCGGUUGUUUGUGGUUCUGCAGGAAUGGAGAUAACAAGGAAAAAUUUUAAAGAGCGCUUGAACGCGAUAUACAGUGCAAUAGAAGAAGCGGAUUUUCUUGCCAUCGAUGGGGAGUUUUCAGGGAUCAGCGAUGGACCUUCUGUAAGUGCGUUAACUAACGGGUUGGAUACGCCAGAAGAGAGGUAUCGUAAACUGAAAAAGCAUUCCAUGGACUUUCUGCUUUUUCAGUUUGGUCUAUGUACAUUUAAAUAUGACCACUCGGAGUCCAAGUAUGUCAUGAAGGCUUUUAACUUUUAUAUCUUUCCAAAGCCCUUUAAUAGAAAUUCACCAGAUAUUAAGUUUGUCUGUCAAAGUUCCAGUAUAGAUUUUCUAGCAAAUCAGGGAUUUGACUUCAACAAAGUAUUUUGCAAUGGAAUACCAUAUCUGAAUCAAGAAGAGGAGAGCCAGCUAAGGGAACAGUAUGAGGAGAAGCGAUCGCAGUCCAAUGGUGCUGGAACACCGUCCUUCAUCUCCCCAAACUCCUCCAAGGGACCGUUCAAUGUACCAGAGGAGCACAAGGACUUCAUCAACAAAGUUGUCGAAGAAGUAGAAGGCUUGUUGAACACUGCAGGAAAGACCAGCGUGGAGCUGCCUCCGUGCACUGGGUAUCAGAGGAAGUUAAUUUAUCAGACCUUAAACUGGAAAUACCCUAAGGGUGUUCAUGUAGAAACCAUUGAAACGGAGAAGAAAGAGAGAUGUAUUUUAAUCAGCAAGGUGGAUGAAGAAGAGCGAAAAAGGAGAGAACAAUAUAAGCAAGAAAAAGAGCAGGAGGAGCUGAAUGAUGCUGUGGGUUUCUCCAGAGUCAUUCAUGCCAUUUCAAAGUCGGGAAAACUUGUGGUUGGUCAUAACAUGCUGUUAGAUGUAAUGCAUACAAUCCAUCAGUUCUACUGCCCGCUGCCAGAGGCAUUGAAUGAAUUUAAAGAGGUUACAAUGUGCGUCUUCCCUAGGCUGUUGGACACCAAGCUUAUGGCCUCUACGCAGCCUUUUAAGGAGCUUAUUAACAACACUUCAUUGGCAGAAUUGGAAAAGCAAUUAAAAGAAACACCUUUCAAACCCCCAAAAGUUGAAAGUGCGGAUGGAUUCCCUAGCUACAACACUGCAUCGGAACAGCUCCAUGAAGCUGGCUAUGAUGCUUAUAUAACAGGCCUCUGCUUCAUCUCCAUGGCAAACUAUUUUGGAACAUUUCUUACUCCCCCAAAACAACACAUCUCUGCCAGAUCUAAGCUCAUUGAACCCUUCUUCAACAAGCUUUUCCUUAUGAGGGUGAUAGACAUUCCGUACCUCAAUAUAAGUGGACCUGACUUGCAGCCAAAGAGAGACCAUGUUCUCUAUGUCACCUUUCCGAAGGAGUGGAAAACGAGCGAUCUGUACCAGCUCUUCAGUGCCUUUGGUAACAUUCAGGUAUCCUGGAUUGACGACACGUCGGCAUUUGUGUGUUUGAGUCAGACUGACCAAGUACAAAUUGCCGUGAACACCAGCAGGUAUGCCGAGAGCUACAGGAUCCAGACCUAUGCGGAAUACGUGGAGAACAAGCAGGAGGAAAAGCCGGAUAACAAGAGGUGGCCCGACGACGGCUGGUUAAGGUCCCAGUACAACGCGGUCUCCGCUGCUGCCCCCGCUUACGGGUAUGCGAACAAAGUGUUUAUGGGGAAGAGAAGCAUAAGUCCAAUUCGGGAGGAGCAAGGCUCCGAUGACACCGAGGAAGGGGAGAAUUCGAACGAGGCCACUAAUGACAGCAGUGGUACCUGGAGCUGCCCUACAGCCCAGGGCAAGAAGGCCAGGAAACACAAGAAAAUUAAAACUGAAGGCACGACCACAGAACCUCCCAGUAUCCAGACAUACGCAGAUGUUGCAGAGAGAAGGCCAGACAACGUCUGGUUAAUGACGCAGAGCGGCGCUCCAACCAACACUGCACCAGCCUAUGGAUUCAACAACAGCAAGGUGGCUUCAGAGAAGAGGAGCAUGAGUCCAAUCCAGGAGGAGCAGGGCUCUGACGAGACAGAGGGGGAGAUCCAGGACAGCGUGAUGGAUGAAGAAGGCGGCAGCUGGCCUCCUGCUUCAUCCACCCACAGCAAGAAAAGCAGGAAACACAAAAAGAGGAAAACUGAAGGUGACAGUGCAGUUGCCUCUUCUGAGCUGUUUGAAGUCCCACAGGUCUGGUAAUACAUGAGCCCUGGCCUGUCAAAGCCAAGAUAACCAAGGCAGCAGCAGCAGUCCUUAGACCAUCUUAAAGCCAUAAGAACACAUCCAUCUCGAUGAAAUUUAGCUUCAGAUAUGGGAGUUUCUGGUUGUUGUUUUCUUCUCAAUGUCAUCUAAAAUCCCAGAGGUUCCAUGUUGUGACUCCCUGAAUUUUUUUUAAAUCUGAUGUCAAAUGAAUAACCAUUUGGGUCUUCACAUACCUUUUGCAUGUGGUGUAUUGGAUCCUGAAUUUUCACUGUUCUGUCUUUUUUUUUAAUAGAUGUGUGUUGUCUGGUGUAAUUGGUUGAUUUUAGUUUUAAUUUUCAAUGUUUCACACUCUUUGAGGCUUCUUCUCCAGAGAACUACUGAAGGAUUAUCGAAAAUGUCUUUGAGCUCGACAAGUGAAUGGCUAAAAAAAUACACGGGGGAAAAAUUGGUUCCAUUUAGAUUUUUUAAAAAUCGGUUAUUUUUAAAAAUGCAUGUAUAGGUCAAACAAUGCUUCCUGUUUUUAGCUUAAAGCAAUGUUUCAUACCCAAAGGGGCAGAUGAAAAAGGUUGUUCCCUGGAGUUAAUAGAUGUUUAAUUGUAGAAGCUUCUAAUUUGUGUAAAAUGUGUUCUAAUGUAAACAGUCCUUGUUGUGCUACUUAUUCUGCAGACCACUGCAACUUUGUCUAUUAAUGUUUUGCAGGUUAACCAUUAUUAUGUAAGCAUUUUUGUAUCAUGAUGCAAAUUAAAAAAAAGUAUUUCCUUACAGAGGAAGAAUUAAAGAAUGUUUCUUAGUA